AUGCUCUCCAGCCUGAUCUCGGCCGCAGUCCUGGGCGGCCUCUCCGGCCUCGCGGCCGCGGCUCCCAACCCCGUCCCAGCGCCGCAGGCCCUGCCCGCGGGCUGCAGCGCCGACAACUGCCUCCGGGCCAUGCGCAACGCUGCCAAGUCGGCCACGGCGGCCUCGUUCUGCAGGGCCUACAUGGGCGUGGCGGCCGUCGAGACCGUCAUCGUCGGGACCGUGGUCCCCACCAUCCGCGUGGCCUCGACCGUCACGAGCGACGAGACGGCCACGUACACUCGCGUCGAGACGGCCACCGACGUUUUGACCGUGCGCGUCGACACGACGGCCACCGUGCUCGUCACGUCGACCACGACGCGCGCCCUCGCCCGGCGCACCGACGUGCCCGUCCCCGACUUCCUCAGGCAGUACCCGACGGACCGGCUGGCCAGCGCGUGCUCGUGCAUGGACCUGCCCAGGGCCACGGAGCGCGUCAUCUUCACCGCCCCGGCCGUGACCGUCGUGGCCGUCGCCACCGUCGCCGUGACGGCGUCUGUCGACGUUGUUGAGACCAUGCGCACGACCACGACCACCUCCAUCGCCAACCCCCCCUCCACCACCACCGUCCGCGUCGUCGCGACCGUCGCGCCCGCAGCGCCCGCCACCUUCGUCCUCCGCGGCACCGGCACCGACCCCUCCACCUCGGGCCGCUACCUCAAGCCCGCCACGCGCAGCCUCCUGUUCGGCACGGGCGGCCGCGCCGAGGCCGCCGCAUUUUCGCUUGACGCCGCCGACGGCUCGCUGCUGCUCCUGACCUCCGGCGGCGGCGACGCGAUGCCGUGCAUCCUCGGCCUCGAGAACGACGCGCCCGAGUUCGGGUUCCCGGUCAGGUGCGUCGCGCGCACGGCCCGCGACGCCUGCGUGGCCGCCCGCACGUGCCUGUCGCCCCGGUUCGCCGCGCCCGCCGGGGUCCUCGUGCCCGCCAACUUGGGCGGCGCCGGCCGCGUGGACGCGACGUACACGGUCCUGCGCGGCUGCAGGGACGGCGCUGGCGCGUGGUACCUGGCCCUCACGCCCGCGGUGCUGCCUCCCACAUCUGUUCGGGCGGGCUGCGUCGUCGUCGGCCUGGCCACCGAGGCGGCGUCGGCGUGA